AACGCAUCCGUUUCACUUCGCCAAAACCAAAAUGCUCCGUUACGUCUCCUCUCCCUCAUGAUGCGACCAUCACAUUCGUCCCCCCCGGACCCUCCGAUCCUCAUUUCAGAAAAUCAGCUUGAAUGAGGACAAUACCAUUAACUGUUUCUGCUGCUGAUUGAAAUUACCAUGGAAGAGUCAUCUGAAGGAAUGGAUAUAGAGACUGUAAAGAGGGAGCAAGAAAAAGAACGACGUCGUGUGCGGGACAGACAGAGAAGACAAUCUAUGAGCGUUGAAGAGAGAGAGCAGCAUCUUGCUAGACGUCGUAGAAAUUAUCAACUGCGAAGACAGAGAGCUGGACAUGUUCGAUUAAAUUCUCAGCAUGGACAAACAUUGAGUACUGUCAGUAGACGAGAAGAGGGCACCAUAAAUGAGCAUCAAGGAGAAAUUUCUGCUUCAGAAUAUUGUGUCCAGUCUGAUGGUACUGCUUGUGUUGGAUUUGUUCAAGGAGGAGAUAAACUAGACUCAGUGUGCACAAAGGUUGAUGGCUUGGAAGCUGGAGCUCAGGUGUUGGUUAAUAUUCCUGGAAAAUUGCGUUUAAAUCAUAUAAAACGCCUUGCACGUUCCUUAAAUGAUCCAAUUGGCAAGCUUAGUGUCAACAACAAAAUUGGAGCGGCUCUGCUAGCAAUGGAAAAUGCAACUACUAACGAUACUUCCCCAAAGAGAUUACGAUUAAGCCAGGUCAAAAGCCUUGCACGGGCAUUGACUUCUUCAAGAGAGAGUACCCAACAAAAUCUCCACAAUGAAACAGAAGGGGAACAGAGUUCGCCACAGCAGGGAAUUCAGCAGAUGGGUAGUGAUGUGCCAAAUAUUUCACCAUCUAACAAGAAGAUUGAUGGAUAAGCAUAUCCUCUGGGCUAUUGAAAAGGGGUAACUUACUAGUAGGUCACAUGUAUCCUAGCUUCUUCAGCCAAAUAGCGGUGGACAAAACAGCUGAAAGCACAGAAAGGGAAAGAACAUUCUUUUGUUGUGGUUUGAACGGCAAAUGUUCAGACUCACACAGCCAUAUAUAUUUCUUUCGGUAAAUUGUCAUACAAAAUGAUUUUAACAAGCAGUGGAAUAAACCUGGAUCCUGCUAGUAUGCUGCCUCCGGUGAUUUGAGGAUCGAUCGAGCGUACCCUUUGGUCGUUGUAGUGUCCUUUUGUUUCAAGAAUUAUCAAUUGUUGAUUCUGGUUUGUUGUUUUUUGGACAAGUCAUGAGAAACUUGUUGCCGCUUCUUCAUUCUGUUGCAUGCAUCAUCAUCCACAUGGAAAGGCUUCUCAGGCUUUCGCCUUUUUGUUGUCCACUUUUUACUGCAGAAAACGACGCCGUUUUUAAGGAUUGACAUCUCUCGUUUGAUAUAUAUAUAUAUA